ACAAGAAGGAAAGUAGCGGCGUGAAAGAGUAGGCGUAGUUUUUACAGCACUGUUAAUUUUACACAGCAUUUGUUUUACUUGUCAGGUUUGCGUGUAAUUGCAGGACAGCUCCAACAGGUUAUUGACUUUGUUUUAAGUGGACGUUCAUGUUGUAUCAAGAUCGGAAAGGCUAAGUUUGUGUUAGCACAGGGCUGCCACAUAACGGGAAAGCUAGUUAGCCAUUCCCAGCUGUGCAACGAUGUUAGGCGAAGGGGAGGCAUAAACUCGCUUUAAUUACUUUCUCUCUGCAUGAGAACAUACCAGAUAAUGUCUCCGUAAACCCGGUUGUUAUUUUUUUAAAUCACGGACAUCUUAGUUUGCAAGCGGUGGAGCUGUUUGCUAACUAUGACCCAACCAGAUCCGCAGCGUCUCUCGCCAAACGUGUUGAAGUGGUUCAUGGAGGGACAGACAGCAAGAUGGGACUCUCGAUAAUCCCGCUCCUGUCAAGUUGAAGGACUGACAGCCGCCAAAAUAGCCUGCCAAAACCGGGGACAGGCAGCAUGAAGGCGCUGGGGUCCAAGUUUUCCUUUUACGCUGGGUUUGUGGUGGGGACUUUCGCCUUAUACUUGUUCCUACGGCAGCUGUGGUACGAGAGGGCUGCCACGGCUAGUUCCAGUAAUUAUGACAAAAUACACGAUUAUCAACUUCACUUGGAGCAAGACAGAAAAGUAUGGAAGAAGGACAGAUCAGCACUGUUCAACCUGGAACAUCCACACCACACAGGUGAGGACAGUCGAAUGGCGGACGAACUCUACAAGAAAGUUCGCAUCUUGUGUUGGGUCAUGACCGGACCCAACAACCUAGAGAAGAAAACUCGCCAUGUUAAAGCCACCUGGAGCCGUCAUUGUAACGUUGUCGUGUUCAUGAGCUCCGUCGAUGACCCAGAUUUCCCUACUGUGGGUCUCGGCACCAAAGAGGGACGCGACCAACUUUACUGGAAAACCAUUCGUGCAUUCCAUUAUGUUUAUGAACACCACAGACACGAAGCAGACUGGUUUCUAAAGGCAGACGACGAUACUUAUGUCAUUGUAGAUAACUUGAGAUGGGUUCUGUCCAAUCAUACGCCAGAAGAACCUAUAUAUUUUGGUAGGAGGUUCAAACCGUAUACCAAACAGGGGUAUAUGAGUGGAGGGGCGGGUUACGUUCUGAGCAAAGAGGCUUUGAAAAGAUAUGUGGAGGGAUUUAAGAGUAAAACGUGCACGCAUACUACCUCGGUGGAGGACUUGGCGAUGGGGCAGUGCAUGGAAAAGGUGGGGGUCCUCGCAGGGGAUUCCAGAGACACAGCUCUGAGGGAAACUUUUCAUCCGUUUGUACCUGAACAACACCUCACCAGCAAGUUUCCCAAGAGCUUCUGGUACUGGAGCUACUGCUACUAUCCCAUCUCAGAGGGUCCAAACUGUUGCUCAGACAUUUCCGUCUCCUUCCACUACGUUGACUCGUCUCUUAUGUAUUUAUUGGAGUAUUACACCUACCACCUCCGUGCCUUUGGAUACAAGUACCGCUACAACCCUCCCAUCUCAUCCGUGUACAAGGGGGUCCUAGAAGCCCCCCCUGCUCCUGCUAUGGACCAACAAGACCAAGUCCGAGACCUAGCCCAGGACCAAAAACCAGUCCAGGAGGCAGAGGAGGCACAUGUUGAAGGUCAUUGAUGACUGUAGGACUGAACCAAACUGAAGGAUUUAUUUUAAAUGUUUUGAAUCGUUUUAACCUUGCUUCAUAUCCAAGACAGUCCACUUUUUUGAAAAGGCAUCAAAGAUGAACAGCAAAGAACAGUUACCAGAUUAAAGUGAAUAUUGACCUAGUAUUUGAGUGAUUUUUAAGGUCAUUUUGUCAUAAGCAGUUUUAUAUCAAUUCUGUAUACACACGAGGCAAAUGUCAAUAAAUUAUAAUGGGGAACGUGAAAUUUUAAUGGUCAAGUUGAAAUUGGUGAGAAAAUAUUGUACAAACUGCAAAAAAAUAAAAAUACAAAUCUAUUAAUAGUGAGAAUUAGACUAAACAUUUUGGGAAAAUGUAUGUUUUUAAUUUAAAGUGAUGGUCACACAACUAAAAUAGGACUCAGACCUUUAGAGGGAAAUUUGAGUAUUUUGCAGACACUAUUUUUGAAUUAUAUAAUAUUUGGGUUUCUCUGUUAAAUGUAUGUAAAAAAUUUGUCUUUGACAAUUUACAAAUUUAUUGACAAUUUGCCUACGAGUAUUAGCAACUGUUACUACCUUCAGCUCUUAACUAGGGGUGGGCGAUAUUGACAAAAAUUAGUUUAUUGUAAAGGGUUUGCUGUGGCACAAAGUUACGCCAGACACCAGUGUGGAGUUUUUCCAUCAUGGUAAAAUUAACAACAAUUGCCAUGCUAAGGUGCACCUCCUGAUUGGACAGUAAAAUGCUUUCUAAUUAGAUGCAGACAGUGGUCUUAUUUUGACCUCAAGAGCUGCUUGUAUAAUACUGGGGCAAGACAAAAUUAGCUCAAAUACACAGGGCCUAAAUAUAACUGGUAUACUCAAUAUUCAAAUUUAGCAGCUCUCCAGAACAGCAUUUACAAUACCAUCCAUUUUUCAAUAUAUCUCCCACCACUACUUUACAGGACCAAACAAUUCAGAAAAUCUUUCCUUCGCUUUCUUCAAACCACAAUGGGAUGUCAGUACCGCUUUUCUGUUGGGCUAAAGCUAACUCCACCUGUCAUGAAACUAAAUGCUACCCAUUGUUUCUCUAUGGGAUGAACGUUUGACUAGUAACACUGUAGUUCAAGUUUAGCAGCUCAAGUUUCUUUCUUCCCGUUUAAACAAUGACGGUGGUAUAUAAAACCUCAACUGCUGCUAAUCAGUUAUAUUUUUUAAGAGUCUGCCACCUAAAGAUGACAUUUUAUAAUUGAGCAAUAUUUUGAGCUGUCUGACAUCUGCCUUUCUCCAUGGAAAUGUUAAUAUUUUGCCUGCAAUGAUCCAUAAUAUGACAUUAAAGGUAUCCAUCGCUAUGGAGACAAGAAGGCAAAGUUACAGGUCAGAUCUGUGAAGAGGCAAUCCCCCUCACAGAAAGACUGCAUGUUUUUCAAGGUAUAUUUUUAAAAGCAAUAAAAAUACUUGUAACUGUGGAACAUUCCAGGCAAAACCAGAAAAGUUCCAUAGUUUCUUUGAGUUGAGUUUCUUUAAACCACUUAAAACACCCAUAGAUUUCAACGCAAGGCCAAUGUAUUUUGCAUUAGAAUACACAUCUGAACUAAAUACUACCAAAACGCUUUUCAAUGUUACAGUAGCAAAAGUUUCAAAAAGUAGUUUCCCGACUAUGUAUAACUUCAAAUGUCAGAGAUAAAAGCCUUUCAAAGUGUUUUAAUUAACACAAUUAUAUUAUUAUUUCAUAUAUAUUGAAUGUCUUGUUUUGACUAGUACAGAAAAUCGGGCAUUAUAACUCUUGAAAUUCAUAUCACAUAAUGCCUUUGUCAAGUUGCUGCCAGUAUCUACUUUCCACCAUGGCCCAUAGGGCUUUGUUUGUGGUGAGUUUUGCAAAUCUGAGGUGAAAGUUUAGUCAGAACCAAUCUCUAAAGCUAAAAGUUGUAAUCUGGCCUAUUUCCUAAACAUGUUCCCUCUAUGAGACUUUAGCCAGCUGUUAUCCUCUAUAAUUUAGUAGCUGUUUACACUCUGCCUUAAGUAGCACUGAGGGAUUAGUGCCGUGUUUACAGUAGGUUCUUGAUAGUGAAAACCUCCAUUGAGGAAAAGACUAUUGUACACAAUGGGCCUAGCUUCAAGCGGGACAAUAGAAAUAGGACCUAACAUGACUAAAAUAAAUACUCUGUGUAAAAGAAGGAAGCAAGUCCGUAUAUAAGUUCAUA